UGGUGUAAAGAUGCAUAGCGAAAUCAUCUUCGACCAUAUAUAAAGUAUAAGCUCGAAGCAAACCCGCCCCCGCAAGGGAAAGAAACACAGCGUCUCGGCAUCACUGCGUUUGUUCCAAAUAGAUCGAUGGCUUCAUCUGGGAAAUCUGUGUGUUGAAUAGUUGGAGGGAUUUGGAUGGACAGGGUUUUAGAGUUUGGACGAAGAGCCCUCUUCUACGUUAAAGUCCUCUCCGGCUAUGAAGAGCGGCGGAUUCGAUCGUUUAGGUUGGAGCUCGAAAAGCGUCUCAAGAAGGCAGAGGAAAGAAAAGCUGCAAUAAGACAGAUACCAGAACAGGCUAUCUUAGGAGAAGUUCGUCGCAUGGUCGAGGAGAUGCAGACUCUAAAUAAAAAGUUAGAGGAAACCGAGUCUGCCAUUGAAGAGUACUUCAAACCAAUCGACAAAGAAGUAGAAGCAUUAAUGAGAGUGCAACUUGAAGGAGAAGAGAGAACAAUGAAGAACAUGGUUAAAGUGAUGCAGCAACAGGCUUUGUUAGAAAAAACUGAGGCAGAUAAGGUUGGUAGUACCCUUCAAACUGAUAAAAAUCAACAAAAUCAAGACCCUUCAAAAAACUGAGUCAAGGUGAUUUUCGGAGAAGAUAGUGAUGAUUUGAUUUGAUUAGAUUAAUAAAGUCUGUUAUCCUGCAAUUCUGGAAUUUGGAUUUUGGUGCCACCAAUGUCAUAAUAUAUACACUUCACUGCAUAGUCUUAUUUAUUUACAGAGAUAUAAUUGAUUCUAUCAA